AUGCUUCAUCUUAGUGUUGCAGGCUGUUCCCGAUUUCUCGUCCUUCUGCAUCUUGUGCUGGAACUUCUGCGGCUGCUGUUGCUGCCUCCAUCAGAGGAUACCCAAGCAAGUCAUUUUAUCGACAGUGGAACUGUCGCGGUAAUGAUCAACGACGGAUUGCUGAGCGCUUCGCCUUCCGCUCCUCACUGGCGUUGUAAACUGUUUCUGAUUUCUCGCCCUUCUGCCUCUCGUACUGGAACUCUUGCCGCUGCUGCUGCUCCCUCCAUCAAAGAAUACCCAAGCAAGGAUUUUUUUUGGUUUUCUUCUUCUCCUCUUCAUGCUGGAACUGCUGGUGCUGCUACAGCCAAUGAUACGCCCAAGGAAGAGGACAGCUGGUCACGUCUCGCGUUUCCCACGGUGGACGGUCAAUUCCCACCGGUACUCUGCUGCUACUGCUCUAGAGCUGAUGUACCGCUGAUGACUGGCGGUUUACCUUUUCAAUCGUUCUACACGUGA